AUGGCGGCGGGCGGCCAGGUGCGGCGGCCGCGCCGCGGGGCCGGGGCGCAGGGCCGGGGCCGCACCGACAGCCGCGGAGCGGCGUUCCCGCGGCGGCACCGGCGGCAGAAGCCUCCCGGGCGCUCUGCGAAGGACUGGCCGGAGGGAGAGCAGCCGCAAACCGCCGCCGCUGAGCCUGCGCGGGAAGAGCCGCCAGAGCCCAGCCGGCAGCAGAGGGGCGGCCCCGGAACGCCGAGCGGGUGUUCUUCACGCAGGGCAGCUGGCAAACGACCCCCAAAGAGGCUAAAAAGUGAAAGACCUGCCCCAGUGAAAGCAGAACUAGAAGGGCCUACAGGUGGAGGUGAAAGCCUUGCUGCACUGGAGGAUGCUCCUAAGCCAUCUGCUGGGGACCAGCGCUCAGGAGGAGACUGCAGUUUGAUGCGUUCAGAAGGAGACUGCACUUUAAUUCAGCAGGAAGAAGUUGAAAGCAUUGCAGAGCCUAACAAAGACAACCAGCAGAAGGAGCAGGAUAUGCCUCCUGAGCCCCACGCAGUGAAAUCAGGCAGAGCUCCACCACAGCUGGGCACUGCUGAACAUCUGCACAUCUACAGUGAGGAGGAGAGAAGCUGUCAGAGCCUGCUCUCGGAUGAGUCUAGCUUGGGGGAUGCAGAUGUGCCCAGGAAGCUGAUGGAGCUGGACAGCAGCGCUCUGCUGAACGAGGACAGCAACCAGCCCAUGCCUGUGGCUCGCUUCUUUGGAGAUCUGGAGCUCUUAAGGGAUCUGCCAGCAGCUGCUCUCCCAAGCACAAUGAUGAGCAGGAGGGAAUUCAGAAAGCUCCAUAUCAUUGCAAAAGAAGAGGAGGAGGAGGAGGAAGAGGAUGUUGUCUAACAACAAACCGUAAACAGACUCACCCUUUUCCCUGUGCAAGCACAGAGGGCUGGCUGGCAGUGCACCAACAGAAGGUGGCUGUGUUUGCCUGCUGUCAGAGGGAAGACAAGUGGCAGAUGCCACCUCCAGGGAGGAGGCACCCACAACCCUCCCUGGGCAACCUGUCCCAGUGUCUCCCCACCCUCACUGUAGCUCCUGCCCAACAUCCCUGAAGUGUUAGAGCCUGACCCAGGGGCCAGGACAGACACUGCUGAGAGUUGUUGUCCCUCCCAGGGUGCAGCAUGCACCCCACACCUCCCACCCUGCCCUGCCUCCUGCAGCCCUACCGCUCCCUGCCCACUGCUCAGGAGUGCUUAGAAAUCAACCAGCAACCUCAGCUGCUCCCAGGAGCUCUGAACUCACCCUUGUGUUUGUGCUAAUAGUUUCUUUGAAAGCGUGGUGAUGCAACCAGCACCCAGCUUUAGAUGGCUAUAAAUAGUUUAUUCCACAUUUCUAAAAAUAGAGAGGAAAUGUUAGCAGCAGAUGGGUUAAAUAAAUAUUAAUUCCUACAGCUAGAGCUUGGUAAACAUCCCAAAGUUGUAAGGCAAACAACUUGUGUAUGCAUGACAUGGAAAUUUAUUCCCAUUUCCACUCCA